AUGGAUAAGCACGUCGAUCCGGAGUAUUCCUGGAGGGUGCUAUUUGAGAUUACCCUAAGUCAUGGAGAGUGGGUUAGAAUUCAGCGGAUAGCAUACAAGGGCUUUCUUACAUUUCUGCGCUCUGCAAAUCUCUUGAACUCUCAAAAUGGAGUCUCUCUUUUGCUUGUCGAGCAGCUAUGGUGGAAGCAUCGCGUUAUGAUGCCGCCUCCGGAGAUCACUACACCAAAUCUGUGUAUGAGCACCGAUAGCACAAAAACGAUUACGCAAGAAGACUAUUUCAAAAGUAGGGAUGAAGUUUAUUCUCACGGACUGUUGAAUUUUGAAGGCUUUACGGAUAUCAUGAAUGUCAUUAGUGUGCGAUGUUAUCAAACUUGGAAAUGUACACAACUGCACAAGGAAGUUGGGGAAAGUCUUCAAGAUGCCAUCAUUCUUUCCUCUGAGGACAACAUCGGCCUCAGGGAAUGUAUCUCUUAUACCGCCAAGCACUAUCUUAAGUCAUUCAUAAGUCGUAAUUUGGUCCAUCGAAACACUAAAAUGUUUCUUGAUCCCACACGAAAUGAAUGGACGAUUCAAACCAACCGUGUUGUCAGCCAUAUUGUCAAUAAUCUUCAAGACACAGUCAUUAUUCCACUCUUCGAAUACUACAGCGACAAUUCGGGCGAGAUGAAUCGCGAACAGUUCGAGAGAUUUGUCAAGUUUGUUUUUCCUGAGUUCACUUUAGUUCAGAAGGCCAGCGCCCUUUCUAUUUUUUAUUGUGAUGUAGAUCACAAAGAGCGAUACGGGUGGGUUGAGAACUUGAGUUCAGAUGAUAAUACUGCACCUCUUGUUUUUGGGAUUGACUCGUUCGUGGAUGCGCUAUUGAUGCUGUCUGUUAUAGCUUUUGCAGAUGAAUCGCACUUCCAGCAUCAUCUUUCGAUCACCUCCAAAGUCUGGUCCACUUUCGAGCGCUACUUAUGUCCAGCCAUAACUAAAUUAAGCCUGUCUAAUCGAUUGCAAAGUGUGAAUGCCCCUAGUAUGGCCGCGGAUCCCCUUUUUCUAGAUCGUACAGCUUUGGCCGUUCCGUAUAUAACUCACAUGUUUCCUACUACAAUUCUGGUUGACGAUAUUUCCUCCAUUCUUAUAGGUGGAAUCAAUAUUACUAUUGAUCCCACCUACAUCAUACCGGAGGGUUCACAAAACGAUAGGCAUGGAGCUCUAGUAAAGGAGGAAAACCAAAAGAGAUCAUCUGAUAAACCAAUCUUCAGGCGUGUAGUGGAGUUGUUAAAGGCUCCUCCUGUUUCUGUGGUAUUCGACGAGGAGGACCUGACGCUUUCAAAAUCUCGGAAUGAAAUGAAAGAUAAGGUAGAAGCGGCGGUGGAUAGAAAAUUGGCGGCCUCUAACAGUUCUAUGUCAUUGCCAGAGCUCGAUUCAUUCACCGCGCGUGCAUGGUCAGCCCUGAGUGACACGAAAGCUAUCGUUAAAGUUAACCGUAAUAGAAGGAAGGGUCCCCAGAGAAGUUUAAGUGGCAUGAUUUCGAAUGACACAGUAGGGAAGCAUGCUACAAGCUCCUUUUCAUCGAAAAACUCAGUUGCUCAUGCCUCAAAGUUAUAUUUACCAUACAUAGACGACGAGCCUUCUUUUUGUAGGGAGUACGCGCCGAAUCGGGUGGAGGUGCUUCUCCCCGAGAGUGUGCGGAAUGUUCGCUUAUUUAAAUUAGCGGUCGUGUAUAAAGAAGAAGGCGAAAACGAUAGAAAUACUAGGAAGAAUUCCGCUUCACGAUCGUAUCCGAAUCGAUGCGGUUACUUUCAAUUCACACCUGUCCGUCAGUUGUCUUUUUCGCUUCGACACAACACUGGGGAGGGCAUCCUAACUUCCAAGACAGCCGUGCUAAAGGCAACUAGCACGUGCCGACCAGUUCCACCGGCUGUUCUGAGUUCACUUCGAGAAGCUUUUUUCCAGCGAGCGAAGCCCAUCAAUAUCGGUUCGGGCACGCUUCCUAGAGGUGAACCAUGUAUUACAAUGUCUGACUUCGAAGACAUAUGCUGUUCUCUUCGCUUAACCCCAGAUGUGACUCUGGCGGCGGCGCAGUGCAAAACAGCUGUGAAAGAGGCCAUCCACGCUUCUUUUCUUUUAUUAGAGAAACGACUGGUCGAUUCCGAUGAUGAUCCUAUGCGGCACAUUUCACAAGGCGCGUGGAUCAAGGUUCGUUUGGGCUUCUCUCAGUUCAUGGAGGCCGUGGCGGCUCUCGGUCUCCAUCUGCAAUCAUUCUCGUCGGCCGACAGCGUUUCAGAUCUGAUAAACUUUCUGUUGCUGGCAUUACCAACAUCGGAUUUAGUGGCUGGAGAAGGUAGAACAACACCCCCCGAAGCGGAUGAAAGCAUAGUUUCUGAGUUUGCACUGCCCUCUAUAGAACCCUCAAUUAAAAAAACAGGUGCGAGUGUUCUGCCGUACAACUCCAGACUGGAUGGGCCAUGCAAGAAUGUCUUGCAUCAUUGCAGGCGUCCAUCAUUUGCAUCAAGGCUGCGUGACAUGCACCAAUCUCUGAAACGACCCCCAAAGGUGCUGCUUCCCGGCUAUCCUGAAGAUGUCUUGGGAAAGGAUGCCCGUCCUGUAUCCUGCAGACUAAGCCCCGAACUUCACACUGCUUCUGAAGUACUCAAGAAUGAGUUCUUGAUGAAUGAGGUCACAAUCACUGCAGACGGUAGUGCUCAUAUAUUCUAG